AUGGUAGUUAAAACGUCUACUGAUUUUAAGAAACAAAAACUUCGUAUUGGCUAUAAGAAACCAAUUCCUACGAACUUGACUAACCCUAAUAUUAGGAGCAAGAAAGUACAAAUUCUGAAGCAAAGUAUUUUGAAGUCAAGUGAUACAGAUGAUAUUAAUAAUAAAAUUUUAUUUUUGAAUGAAUGUCUGAGCUGUUUAACACAUCAUAAUGACAAUUCUAGAAGAGCAGCAGCUGCUUCUUUAAUAGAUAUUACCAACAAAUAUCCAAAACUUAUUGAAGAACAUAUGGACAAAGUUAUGAUAUCAACAUCUAAUUGUUGGGUAGAUCAUGACUCAAGUAUAAGGAAAUAUGUUCGACAAUUCAUAUUGAAAUUAUUAUGCAGUGAAAAAAUUUCAAGAUUAUCUCCAUUUAGUUCUCUUCUAUGUAUGCAAAUCCGAGGAACUCUAUGCCACUUUAGAAACGAUGUUAGAAUUGAUGGUUUAAAUUUUUUGAAAGACUUUAUAUCUUUGAAUUUAGGUAGUUAUAAAUUUAAGUUUCACUCCCUUGAAUCAAUCCUAGAGUGGGCACCACUUGUAUGUAAGAUAGCAUCAUCAGCAUCAUUUGGAAUAUCCAUAGAUUUUAUAUAUAUCUCAAUAUUUACAAUUAGAGAGUUGAUAUAUGGAAUAACUUCUGAAUCUGUAGUUUAUAUUAAGCUGAAAUCUAAUGAUAAAUAUGAAAAUAUUUUACAAUGUUUAGCAAACUUAUAUAAAACAGUAAUCAAUAUAUUAUUCAAUAUUAUUAAUUUAAGGGGACAAAGCACAUAUUUUUAUUCUUCUAAGUCAAAUAAGAGUCAGAGUAAAUUUAAUUUUAAUUCGUUAAAACACCGCUAUAAUACAUCAGAAGUUCCAAAUAUACCAAUUUGUGUUCCACAUGAUAGGGAUUCAUUGUUUACAUUCCUUGGUUGUUUAUGCCUGGAUAGCUUAUCAUGUAUUUUACAGUAUAAUCAUACAAUUGAGGUGCCUAAUUUGAAGCAGAAUAUUGUUGAUAUUAUUAAGAAGAUAAAUCUUAUGCAUGAAACUUUGGAAAGUGAGAUCCUUAAUGAAAAAGUGAUUAUCUCACUAUCCGUAAUUGAAAAGAUCCUUCUCUUACGCUUAUCUUUAUUAUACCAAUUAAAGUUAAUUGAGAAAUCAGAUAUCAAUACUAUAUGUAAAUUGGCUACUGAGUGUCUACAAAUAUAUAAUGUAUUCAUUAGAAAUCCACAUUUUGAUGAAUUAUUGAUAAAUGGUGAACCCUUUGUUUCAAAUAAUAUUGUGAAUAUAAUAUUAAAUAGAAGUAUAGAAAUAAUGAUAAGGAGUGAAAUGGACAAAGAAUUAAUUCGUGGUAUACUUUCUCCAGCUAAGUGCAUUUCAAUAACAAUACUUUCUAUAAUAUUAGACUUAAAGGAAUUAUUAUAUCCUGAAAAAUUGUUCAUACCUAAUAAUUCAGAAGUAGAUAUUGAACUUAGUUCAGUUAUGAAAUUUGAAUUAAAUAGAGUUUUGGAUAAAAGUUUUUUAAGUAUAGAUUCUGACAGUAAUAUAAUACCUUCAAUACAGCUGUAUAAACUUAAAUGGAUAUUUCAUUACAUGAUAAUGGGAUAUUAUGGUAGAUGUGAGGAUUGGAUUGAUAAGAAUAAUACUCCACGAAUUUCAAUUUUUAAAAGUCUAAUAGUAAUGCCAAUUAUUGGGCAUAAAGUUGGUUUUAAGACUUUAAAUGACAAUACUGCUUGUGAAAAUAAUACAUUAAAUCAUUGGUAUGGAUUUGAAGUAAUAAUGUCAUUAUUUGAAGUACGUAUAAGUAAUUUGUACAGUAAAACAUUUUACAAAUGUGACAAAGAAAUGGAAUUACAAAUAAUCCGAUUAUGGAUUUCAAAUAUUCCCCAGAUGAUAUAUAUACUAUACCAAGUAUCUGUAACCAGCAUUAAAAGUAAACCUACAAAUAUAAUAUGUGCAUUAUCUAGAAUUCUUGAGUUAUAUCUCAAACGUCAAGUUCCAAUAGAAUUACCAAUUGAAGAUCUAACUACCAAAGUUUGUAAGGGACUCAUACCUUUCCUGGUAGGUUCAUCAUCCAAUACAAAGUCAUUUGGAAUGAAUAGUACACCUUUAGCAUGUAUCCCAUCUUUUUAUCAAAAAGCUCUAAUUUCAACAAUUAUUGAGUGGCCAAUUAUACCAAUUAAAUUCAUUAAGAUUCUUUUAAAUAAAGUCAUUGAAGACAUAAACAAUGGUACAAAUUUAGAAAUAUCAGUGUUGAUCAUUCAAAUAUUAAUAGUAAAUUCAAAAUUUGAAGUAUUAUCAUUCGAACAAAGAUUUAGUAUGAUUAUAACAAUACUAAAGCAGUGUAAUUUUUACUAUGAAGAUUCAAGGUUAAUCUUACGUUCUAUAGCUGAAAAUAUUACACAUCUUGCUUUUGAUAUUUUUGGAUAUCCUAUUCUACAAAAAACAAGUGAAAAGUUAUUUAAUUUAACUAUACAAACUAAUUUAAUUUCAAAAUGGAUCCUUCCAUUAUUUAAAAAAAUAAAAUGUGAGGAUUGUUACAAUACCCAAAUAAUUCAAAAUUUUUGCAUAUUCUAUUGGCAUACUUUAUUCUUAACAGUACCUAUUAAUGACAAUAUAACUAUUAAUUAUAGAAAUUGUGAUAAUUAUAUAGUCAAAUAUAAAAAUAUAAAUAGUUUUUGGGAUCAAAUACUCGAUAUUAUUACUGAAUACUUCUCUAUUGAUACAGAUAAACUUUUUCUAAUCUCAUCUGUAUCUCACAGCUUUCAGUUGAAUCUAUACAACUUAUUUUUGGGAGAUAUUAGGGAAUGGAAAAUUUCUGGAUUAAAGAUUUUUGUCAAUGACUUAGAUGAACUUUUAUAUAUACUAAAACCUUCCUUUUUUAUUCUAGAAUUAUCCUGGAGAUCCUAUCUAGCUCUGUUGCCAGAUUUAGAAGAUCCAACUGGUGAUUUUGUCAAAAUAUCCUUUAUAAAUUCAACUGCAUCAAUUCUAAGAAAUAUUACAAAGCACCCUUUUCAAAAAAAAACGAAUUUUAGCUCUCUUUUUAGUUUUACUUGUUUCUGGUGGCUAUUUAGAUCAUUUUUCCCCUUUAAUAGUGACUGGGAUCCAAUUUUAAAUAGUAUUUCCUCAUCACUCGAAGAUUUACCCUUCUCUGAUAUUGUAUAUAUUUGUAAUUUCUUUAGAGGUCAGUUAAAGAAAUCUAUAUUGUAA